UUUCUAACAUUAUGUGGCAACAGUAUUUGCCAUUGUAAACAAGAAAUCAAAACCGUUCUGUGGUGGAAAGCUUCAAAAUUGUGAAAUGGGUUUGUUAACAAUAUUAAAAAAAAUGAAGCAGAAGGAGAAAGAAAUGCGUCUAUUAAUGCUAGGACUUGAUAAUGCUGGUAAAACUACUAUACUGAAAAAAUUUAAUGGUGAAGAUAUAAGUGUUAUAUCACCGACACUUGGAUUCAACAUUAAAACAUUAGAGCAUAGAGGAUUCAAGUUGAAUAUGUGGGAUGUAGGUGGACAGAAAUCUCUCAGAUCAUAUUGGAGAAAUUACUUUGAAAGUACUGAUGGCUUGAUCUGGGUUGUAGACAGUGCUGAUCGCAGAAGAUUGCAAGACUGUAGAGAUGAAUUGCAUGCCUUAUUAUUGGAAGAGAGACUGUCAGGUGCAACAUUAUUAGUAUUUGCUAAUAAGCAAGAUUUGCCAGGAGCUCUUACUGCUGAUGAUAUCAAAGAGCUUUUAGAACUGGAUUUAAUCAAGACUCAUCACUGGCGUAUAGUACCAUGUAGUGCUGUAACAGGAGAAAACCUUCUUGUUGGUAUUGAUUGGGUAUUAGACGACAUAGCAGCUAGAAUAUUCACUUUGGACUGAACAAAAUUAAAUUAUAUAAUUUAAGUUGAUGUUGAUAUAGUGUAUUUACUCAUAUCAAUGGUAGAAGUAUUGAAACUGUUGUAUAAUAGUAAUUUAUUACAUAUUCAGUAUUUCUACCAUAUUAAAAAAAAAACUAAUUUAUAUAAAAUAUAUGUCAUCUAUUUCAUUAACAUGGGACUUCAAGAAUGCUAGAUAGUCAUUCUUUUUUAAUAAUUAAAAACUAUUAAAAUGGUUGUAAUAUAUUUGAGAAAUAUUUAAUUUUUUACUUAAAAGUUCAUUUUCCAUGUAUAUCAGAUAUAAUCCAAGGACUAUGCAAAAUGUUCUUUACUGUACUGUUAUUUGUGCUUUACAUGUGUAUAUAUUAAUAUAUUUAUUACUGAUACUAGUUUGUCCAUAAAUUUAAAUUUUAAUUGAAAAGCGAUGAAUAUAUAUAUUUUAUAUGCAUAUAUUAUGCAUAGAGAGUUUGUUAAGUAAGGAUUAAAAUUUAAAAGGUUAAAAUUUUACCAUCAAGUCUCUAAUUCUGCAUUUAUUUAAAAAACUGUACAGCUUAAUUAAAACUAUCAUUCAAGAAAUAUGCUUUCUAUUGCAGUUUAUUCAUUCUCUCUUAUUACUGUCUUACUACCUUCUUAUUACUGUUUAUUUUUAAAAUUUUUUAUUUUAUUAUAUCUUAAGUUGUAUUUUAAGAAAUAAGUAAAUGCAUCAAGACAGAAGAAGUAAAAUGUAAAUUAAGUAAGCAUUUGGCAGAUUUCUUUGUUUCUGAUGAAGAGAGACCUGUAGCUAUUUGCCUUGAAAUCAAUAGAUCUUGCAAGGGCAGGUUAAGCCAGCUGGGUUCCUCUUGCAGUAAGUUUUAUGAGGCCCCUAAGAAGGCAUUUAUGUACCUAUAUGCUUGAAAUACAAUUAAUGCUGAAACCUGUUGACUAAUUAAAUAUACAGAAAUGCUUAUGAAUAUUUUAAUAAAAUUGUGAUUUAAUUUUUUAUAUCUAAA